GAUAUCCCAAGUGUUCAACUUUUAUUUAAAUCAGUGUCUCAGUUAGAGUAGUACUAUUUAUUUUUUUUUUAAUUUCAGUUGCGCAGAUUUUUUGCAUUUAAAUGAUGUUGCUUUCUUCAAGUCAAAGAGCAAAAAAAUGCAUUUAAAUGACGUUGCAUUCUAUAAUAAAAAAAAAAAUGUACGGAAAUUUGGAUAAUGUGUGAUUAAUCUGAGACUACCCUUUAAUAUGCUAAAAGUAAUGUAAAUUUGGCAUUGUUAAGGAAUGGACUGUAAAAUGUUGAUGAUGUUGUUUUAAGUAUAAAGUCGUACAAUACUGAGCAGUGCUCUCUGUUUUCAGGUUUUCUUUGUAUAAUUUAACUUACAUUUUGGUAUUAGUUCUACAUGGAUAUUGAUGUUCAACAAAACAAAAAUUUUCAAUGUACAAAUUUCAUAUCUAUAUCCAUAGAAAUGUUACAUAUGUACAUGCAAAUGUAUUGGUUUUGAAAUUUAAAGAAUUAUAACUUAUGGAUGAAAACAAAAUAUGACAUUGAUGACUGCUUUAGUACAUAUCACUAACACUUGUUAAAUUAUUAAGCCAGUUCCCAUGACAGAGUAUUUUUUAAAAUCAUUUUAUGCAGAAAGUUUGUUUGGAAUGCUAAGAUCUUUUUUCCACAGAGUAAUUUUCAGUUCAGUUUUCCUUCAAGAAAAGAUGCUUGGUCACUUGUGUUGAAAAAGAAAGUCAAACUCAAGGACUAGAUAUUUCUUCAUGUCUCCCCAUGGCUGCACUGUACAAUGAAAAAUUAAAAACCAACCACUAUUUAAACACUGAGAGUACCAAUAAAAAUUACCUAUUACAUGCUGGGUGAAAAAUUUCAGCUUCUAGAUGAUAUAUAUACUGUAGAAUUCUAAUUAAACACAAGGCAUUAAUAAAAAUGCAUAGUCGCUAAAAGCAACUCUUGUAGAUUGUAAAAUCUUGCUUUUUUUCAGACAGUUUUUAAUUAUAUGAAAUUAUAACAAAAUACUGGGGCUCACUAUUUUAUAUUCUUAGGAUUUGAUACAAAACAGCAGAAUAAAGUACUCACAUGAAAUAAGGAAUUAUGAGAAACAAUAUUGUUUUUCAGUUUGGGGUUUGUUUUUUUAUUAAAGUGUAUUGCAGCCAUGAGGAGACUUGAGCUCUAGAUGUUUAGUUAUUGUGACUGUAACCCUGUGGUUGUUUUUGCUUUGUAUCGUUAGUUUUGGUGUUCAUGACCUCCGGUGUGGAAGGUCACCUCAUUUGGAAGAGGUCAAGGUUAAGUGCUGUGGAAGGUACCACAUAAUGUCCAGCUCUCUGUAAGGUCACAGACAGUGGAUAAACAAUGCCCUGAACUUGCUGCCAGAAAUAAAAUGCUAGCAAAUAUCAACAAA